AUGGAUGGAGCAGGGUUUUGGGACUUGGACGUCUCUACUCCUAAAACCCUUGAUGGUUUGGCUUCUCCAGUUCCUGGAGACUCAAUUCUGUUGGGUCUAUCCAAAGGGACAAGGCUUUCAAGACCCAAUCAAAUGGAUUUCAUGCAAUGCUUCAUGCAUGCACCUCUUAUUCUGAGCUAUGCUAAACCUCAAGGCUUAUGUCUCCAACGUGUGCUCACCAUCCCUUUUUCUGAUCGCUGGCUAUGUCAUCUCAAGUACUUACGGAAAUUAUCAUUGAGGGGAUAUGAAAAUCUCAAAAACAUGACCAAUGGUAUUAGCAAUUUAAAGAACUUGCAUUAUUUGGAUCUUUCUUGGACUUCAAAUGAGAAAUUACCAAAUUCAAUGUGCUUGUUGAUUAAUUUACAAACUUUGAAAUUAAUUCAUUGCCGUUGCUUGACAAAGUUGCCAUCAAAUUUCUGCAAACUCAUCAACUUGCGUCACUUUGAGUUGGUAGGUUCUAACAUAGAAAAGAUGCCAAAUUAUAUAGGAAAAUUAAAGCAUCUCCGAACAAUGAACAAAUUUGUUGUGGCAGAGAAAGGAGGUUCAAAAUUAAAAGAAUUGGGUAUCUUAGACCACUUAACAGGUUCACGAAGCAUCUCAAAUGUGGGGUGCAUAGAUGAAACUACAGAAGUAAGAGAGGCCAAAUUGAAAGAAAAGCAUUUAGAUACAUUAAUGUUGCAGUAUUGGCGCUGUCAUGAAGUGGCACUACAUCAAGAGUCUAUAGUGGAAGCACUUGAGCCAAAUCAUGCUAUAGAAGAGCUCACUGUUGAUGGAUACAUAGGUGGCAAAUUUCCAAAUUGGGUUGGUGGUUCACAUUUAGCCAAUUUAGUGUCUUUAUAUUUGCUGAGGUGUGCCAAAUUUGAGCAAUUACCACUAUUUGGGCAACUACCUUCCCUCCAGAAACUUGUCAUUAAAGGAUUUGAUGGAAUAAAGGUGAUAGGUGAAGAAUUUUACGGGAAUGGCUCCUCCAGUGCCCCAUUUUGUUGCCUUUCAUAUUUAAGUUCUGAUGAGAUGUUGGAUGGGGAAGAAUAG